UGAAAAUCUCUCGGGCGCGUAACUCGUUGGUCGUUACUUGGUAUGGUUGGUCGUGAAGUUUUCUACCCCCUUCCACACUGUCAAACACUGAUUGAAGGACUAUUCUGAGAACUUCCGAGUAACCAGUCCUUAAGUCGGUUCUCUAACAAACUUUGUAUUUUAUUCAUGACUGCCCUUUAUUGGAGUAUAUUUUCAAGGUUUCGUGUUAAUUUUAAUCAUUUCAAAUGCUUGACUGCAACACCGUCCAGAUCAGUGAAUACUAAACAAUUAAAACACCUCAAAAGGAAGGGCGAUAAUCUGGAACCUGUUGCUACAUCGGGUGGUGUGUCUGACUAUGCAAAAUCUGCAAACAUCGUAAAGUCAAAGGAUCUGCUUGGUGAUUUUAUUAAAGAAUAUCGUUUUGGUAAUGACGCACCAUCAACAGCAUUUGUUGAUCUUCCUUCACCGGCUAAUGUAAAUAUUUUCACUCAUCAAGAUGUCCUACCUGCUGAUUCUUGUAACUCAUUAAACCCCGUUUUUGAUGCCGUUGAGAAUUUGGAAGCCUCAAUUUUCAGUUGUGGUCUUCCAAACAACCAGUUCGAAGAAUGGUUAAAGUGGACUGUCGAAAAGAAAAUGUGGAGUUUUCCGAUUAAUAAUGAACAAGAUUGGGAUUCCGAGUUAGAUGUACCCUUUUAUGAACAUGUAUUUCUGGAGAAUCAUCUAAACAAGGAACAUCUCAAGUGUAAACCAUUGGCAUCGUUCUUGGAACUUGUCUGCACUGGUCUUUCGAAAAACCCAUAUUUUAGUGUUGACGAUAAAAAGCAACAUCUCGAGUGGUUCACACAGUUCUUUGACGAUAAGAUAACGCGAAUAAACGCUUCCAUAAAAGAAGAACAUAUGGCUAAUUUAGAGGAAAUUUCUAGAGGAACUUCGACAUAAUCUAAUAAUUUUUACUUUUCAAAUAAACCAUUCCCUAGGAAAAUUCUUAGAAUUUUUUAUGUUUUACAAUAAUGAUUUGCUCAUUACUUUAUAAGUACUAUAAACGUCAGUGUACAUAUUCAGACUUUUAAUUGGUAGAAUAUAUGUGUCGUAGUCGUUAUUAAACAUGAAUAUUCCCAGUUUUAUUGUCGAAAUACUAGUUGAGGACUUCUUUCCUAAAGUGACGGUCCAAAAUCAAACUCUCGUUUAGGUGUAUCAAAUGAAGUUAUAUUUAUUCUAAACUAACCUGUUACCAUGACUUUACAUUAAUGUGUCCAUUUCCUACUGGGUAGCUAGUAUAGUAAUAUGUUAUUGAGUAGAACUGAUUAAUUUGUAAUUAAUUGCAC